AUGUGCAAAUUACAAGAAAAGACUGCAACGCUUGGAAAAGCAGCCAAUAUUAUUAAAAGUGUCAUAAAAUCAUUUGAAAGUUUGAGAACUUCACCAUGUUUUACUGAAAUUUGGAAUGAAAUAUUACUAUUUAUGAAUGAACAUAAUUUAGAUAUUGAAAUUUCAUCUCAAGAUUCAAAAAGAAAAAGAUUGCAACCCAAUUCUUUGAAAAAUUUUGUUGUCUCUACUCCUACUAGUGAUCAAUAUAAAUCCAAUGAAAAUAUAAAAAAAAUUAGUGUCGAAGAUCAUUUUAGAACUUCAGCUUUUUUCCAAUUAUAG